UCUCUCCACGUCCACACACGCCACAGGUAGUCCUGCUAUAGGGGAAAGGGAGUCAGACUGCGAGGCUUUAGGUUGCAGCAUCUCUCUUUCCCUUUUCAGCCUUUUGCUUUUUGUUGUUGUUUCGGCUCCGACUCUGCUGCGAUCGUUUCUGUGCGUAAAAGUUGCUGACUGCCCUGAAAGUGUCCAUGCGGAUACGACAAAGUUUUUGUGCCACGUUUUACAACGCGGAGUAGCAUCAGUCGAUUUUGUUUUGGAGUUUGUUUUUUUUGUCCUCCCUAAUCAGGACGGAUUUGUGUAGAGUGAAAGCUUCCUGAAAUCUCCGAGAUAAUCUCCAGAUAUCACAAUGAUACUCCGGGUCCUCGCCCUGGCCUGCGGUCUCUGCUGCUUCGGUCUUACCUCCGUCAUCGCAGACGUACUAAAAGCCGAGGCUUGGCUGCAGCAGUAUGGCUACCUGCCUCCAGGUGAUGUGAGAGCCCAGGCCAUCCGCUCACCAGACACCAUCAGUAAAGCGAUAUCCGCCAUGCAGAGUUUUUACGGACUGACCGUCACUGGCUCCAUAGACACCAACACAAUAGAGGCGAUGAAACGGCCGCGAUGUGGCGUUCCUGACAAGUUUGGACCAGUGCUGAAGAGCAACCUGAGGAGAAAGAGAUAUGCUGUGCAGGGUCUGAAGUGGGACAAGUCUGAGGUGACCUUCAGCAUAGAGAACUAUACCCCUAAAGUGGGCCAACGCGCCACGUUUGACGCCAUUCGAAAGGCCUUCAAGGUGUGGGAGAGCGCCAUCCCGCUCACCUUCAGAGAGAUCCCCUUCAGUCAGAUCAGAGGCUCACCUGUUAAGUACGCAGACAUCAUGCUCUCCUUUGCAGAGGGAUUCCACGGCGACAGCACACCGUUUGACGGCGAGGGCGGUUUCCUAGCUCACGCUUACUUCCCCGGUCCAGCCAUUGGUGGGGACACGCACUUUGACCUUGCUGAACCUUGGACCACUGGGACAGUCGAUCAGGGAGGUAACGAUGUUUUCCUGGUCGCUGUCCACGAGCUUGGUCACGCUCUGGGUCUAGAGCACUCCAACGACCCCGCUGCCAUCAUGGCCCCCUUCUAUCAAUGGUUUGACACCGAAAACUUCCAGCUCCCUGAUGAUGACCGCAGAGGAAUCCAGGCAAUUUAUGGAUCAAAGUCUGGGGCUCCUCCUCCUCCUCCUCGUCCCACUAAACCCUCCAAUCCCGACAAGCCAGACCAUGGCCCUGACGUCUGUGAUGGACACUUUGACACCAUCGCUGUCCUCAGAGGGGAAAAGUUUGUAUUUAAGGACAAGUGGUUUUGGCGUCUGCGCAACCACAAGGUGCUGCCUGGCUACCCGAUGCUCAUAAGCCACUUCUGGAAAGGCCUACCAUCAAACAUCAAUGCCGCUUACGAGAGAGAUGAUGGAAAAUUUGUCUUCUUCAAGGGUAGCAGAUACUGGGUUUUCAGUGAGUCCACCAUGGACAAGGACUCUCCAAAGAGCCUGAGGGAACUGGGAGCUGGUGUGCCCGAAGAUAAGAUCGACGCCGCUCUCUUCUACACGCCAACAGGACAGACGUACUUCUUCAAAGACUCUCAAUAUUACCGUUUCAACGAGAAGACUCGCAGAGUGGACAAAGAUUACCCGAAGCCCAUCAGCAAGUGGACCGGUGCACCAGAUAACGUCAAAGCAACCAUCAUGAGUGAAGAUGGAUCUUACACCUAUUUCUACAAAGCCAACAAGUACUGGAAGUUUAACAACCAGUACUUGAAGGUGGAGUCCGGCUACCCCAAGUCCGUGCUCAAAGACUGGAUGGGCUGCGAGAACGAGGACCCCAAGAAGGGUCGCAAAGAGUCGGAUUCGGAGAGCUGGGCCAAUCCCCUGGCCGUGGUGAUCCCCGUCCUCCUUCUGGUGCUGGUUGUGAUCACCCUGGGAGCGCUUUUGUUCUUCAGGAAGUACGGCACGCCCCGACGCCUCCUCUACUGCAAGAGAUCCCUGCUGGACAAGGUGUAGACAGAGCAGCAGGUAGCUGACAGACUGCCGCAGAGGGACAGAAAGAGACGGAGCGAGGGCCGAGCGAGGAUGGAAAUCGAGAGGAAGAAGAAGAAGAGAGAAACUGGAGAAAAACCUGAAGAAAUGAGAGACAGGAGGGGGACAUUUUUUAAAGUUUUUUUGGGUGGUUUGUAAGUGCCAUAAAAAGGGGAAAACAAAACAAUAAAGGCCCUUGAAACUGAAAUCAGGAAAAUGUAUAUUUGUAUGUUAACUAUUUACGUGUACUGUUGUGUGUUGAGAGAUUAAGAAAAUACCUGCAGUCUCACACAGAGGAGGGAGAUAUACAAAGACUCAUCCUCAUCAGCAGCUUAACCUCCCACCUCUCCCCUCUGUCCCCCAUCUCAUCCCAUCCUUACCCUUAACUGGACGACUCCACCUGAACUGCUGUCUGACUCACUUAUAAUUCUGAAAACUGUGUUUCUGUUUGACUUUUACCAAGAAAUUUGUCUCUGGUAACAGUGUUGGGACUUUGAGGGGGGAGAUUUAAAGUUUCAACAUGACAUUUUCCUCUUAAAUCAGUGUUUCGUUUUUUCUUUUCUUUUUUAACCAAUAACAAGGCUACAAGGGAACUAUGACCUCAGUACAUAAUAGUGAUUUAAAGCAUCCACAGCACUGAGAAUAAAUCCAAGAUUUCAAUAUUUUCUAACACAAAUGACACAAAGUACUAAUUCUGUUUUGCAACGUUUACAAUAACUGAGCUUUUUUAAAUCUAAAAUUGGUGUUUAUGGGGGUGAAUGUUCCUAUUUGUUAAUGAAAGGUACUUGAUGCAGUCGGUAUUCCCUGUAACUGUAUGUAGUGGCUCUCUAUGUAAAAGCACAUUUCUUGUGCACAGUGUUAGCUUUGAUUGAUGCAGGCUUAAACAUGCACACACGUGGGUUUGUAAUUCAGGCUUCACACCGAGUCUAAAAACCGAAACAUGAACACGAAGGAUUUUGUCUUACACUCAAACUUGCAAACCAAACUCAGUGCAAGCAGUCAGAUGGUAAAGAUUAUGUUUUUAAAUGUGAUGCUUUAUCUCUUUUUUUUUUUUUUUGAAGUACAGUAAUGUUAAAUACGAGCAGAGCUACAACAUGGUGCAAUUUUUAAUUAUGAUUGUUUUCAUGGAAAUUCUUGUUAUUAUAAGUAUGAUUAUUGUUAUUAUUGUUCUCUUGGAAAAGUUUGAAUACUUUUGGUUUUCUUUGUUUUUGCGCAUUGUCAUUUGGAGUCCUGCUGGACAGAGGCAUAACGUGACAAUGAUGGAAAUGAAUCCCAGUUUACAUCCAGUGUGAGAAGAAUUAGUUCAGAUCAGGGGGGUGAAUGUGAGAUAUGGGAUAUUUUUUUAUUGUAAUACCCAAAAUAACCCAGAUGUUGGCACAAGCAACUCUAUUUAUUAAUGCGAAUGGUGCUUGAUUUUUUUUUUUUUUACACCAGUCAAAUCUAAAGAUAAAUUGAUUUAAUUCAUAACAAUGAUAAUGGUAAUUAUAUUUAUAAUGAUGAUUUUAUCAAUAAAAUUGAACAAA